AUGGACAAUUGCGUUGUUGGCAUUGCUGAUAGUAUCAGAAAUGAAUUCUUGAAUCUCAUCCACAAAUGGUCACAAAGGCUUGUCAUAUCUUGCAAAUACGUGAGACACAUUGUCUGGGUUUCGAUUGAUCUCGCCUGCCAAGAUGUAGGCUCCAACAAGGCUGCCCGUAGCACCCAUGCCGCUGAAUGGUAG